CGAGUUUCCACAUGGUCGCCCAACCUUUGUUGCUAAUCUAAGAUCAAAGUUCUUCAAGUUUAAAGGCGUUGGUUACCUAUAUUCACCUAAUGUCCCAUUUGCUUCAGUGACAGGAUCAUGCCGAGCCGAGUUGUGGCCUAUACUAUUCGCUUUUCACCCUCACCUUCUUAGGCCUCAUAGUCCUCCGAAGUCCGGCCCUAUAUCAUACCUCUAUCCUAGGACCCCUCCGAUUACGACCCCGUCCGACAUCAUCACCGCAAGCCGCUGCUCGCCAUCGCCUUCAUGCCACAAUCUAUCGAGAAUGCAGCUUCGCCGACGGAACCGCUCCAGGCGUUACCCGCAGCCGCGUCUGCCAUGAAACUUACAAAGUCGCGACACUCCACACCUAUAUUAGAGUCACUACCAUUAUCGCAAUCGGAAACCAAUCUGGCCUUUCGUCGCUCCAACCCGUCGGCUGCCUCCUUAUAUGCCUCGACUCUCUCUCCACCUGGAUCGCGCUCAAUAUCCCCAGCUGGUCGAGGAUCGCCCUCUCGAGUUCUCUCCCAUACCGUCUUCGAUGCCCGACCAAGCCGCCCACUACCUGAGACUGGGGGCGAUGGAUCCGAACCUUUGAAUCUCAUCCUCCGGGCAUUCGUACCUCAUGUCUCAAUCUACUCUUCCCAUGAUACAGAUACUUUGAUGAACGAGAAGGGCUUUCGAAAUGGUCUCUGGGAACUACUUAGACCCUUUGGUGAAGACGUGCCAGGCAAAGUUACGAUCAGAGAUAGCAACGGAAUGAGCAAAGCCGUAGAAGGCUUCUCUAUCAGGUUUACAAGAUUCGGUGACAAUAUUGAACACCCCGACCCCACAGUUUCGGGUUUCAGGAAUCCUGCAUCCUCGCCAGGUCAGAAUGGCAGCCAAGCGAGCACAUCCAGGGAUAAGCAAUUUCUCAUGGACGCGGAAGCUGUAGUCAACAGCCAUUUGUCCUAUGCAGAGGAGUCGUUCGCAGCGCUGCCCCAGCAUGGCUUGUUCGCGGGUCCAGACACGGGCUCAGAAGAGACAUCACCAUAUUAUGCUCUUUAUUUGCGACGGUUGCUAUCUGGCCUUCCUAUUUCACCCCAUGAAACCUUUUCACAUCCGGUAGCAUGUGUUGUUGCCAUUAGCUCACGGAAUCCGAAUCCUCUCGAAGAGCUAAAGAAACUCUACACAGAGACAAAGGAGGGGAGCCGAAAACUUCCGCUUUGGGUAGACAGUGAAUUUAUUCGAUACUAUGUCCUAGUCCACGAUGAAGAGAAGGACGACAUAACAAGAUCUAUGGGGCUGUUUGAACAAAUGAAACGAAAUAUGGGACCCCAUUGCCAUUUUCUUCGAUUGAGAAGCAGCCAAAGUGCCGAGACAGACGACGACAGUAUUCCGCUUCCCCGCAGCGACUGGAUGUCAGCGCAAGAGGAACUGGAAGAUAUCCGAAGGAGUGAAGACGACGAGGACUUUGAGGACCCAACACGCUACAUAUUUGAAUCUGACGCUACUGCCAUUCGUACGUUUGUGCGUGAGAUGGUGACCAUGUCUGUCAUCCCUACCAUGGAACGAAAUGUAUCGUUGUGGAAUGACCAAGUUGCUUCCCGCCGAAGAGGUCUCACGGGUCGCUUCAUGAAUUUAUCCAGGAAGUGGGCGUUCACCGGCAGCUCCAGGAAUUCCACAGGUACAAGCAACGCAAGAGACAACUACAAUGCUGCUGGGUUUUAUGGAUCAGAAGCCCCUGAGGCUAUUAUGCGAAAAUUGGCGGACUACGCCUUUAUGUUGAGGGAUUGGAAACUGGCGCAUUCAACAUAUGAUCUUUUGAGAUCCGAUUUUAGCGAUUCCAAGGCCUGGAAACAUCACGCCGCUGCCAAUGAGAUGGCUGCGCUAAGUCUUUUACUUCUCCCACAACAGAUGUCAUCGAAGAAUCGUGCCGAGACAAUAGAUCAAAUGUUGGAGGCUGCGUUUUACUCCUACAACACCCGGUGCAGUGCCCCCUACGGAGCAUUGCGAAGCUUGCUCCUGGGUUUGGAGCUGCUGCGUUUACGGGGUGGGACCAAUAUUGAUGAUGCAGGCCGCUGGGGCGUGAGGCUUCUUGAGUCCAAGAUCUCGGGCAGCGUGGGUGAUGCAUUGAUAAAGGAACGACUCGCUAUUUGCUAUGGUUCGAAAGAGGGGGUCGGCAGUUGGCACUGGGGUUCGCGCCGUCGAAAAUCAGCAACUUGGAGCGUGCUCAGCGCAGAUGCCUGGCUUCAGCAGUCCAAGCACAUCCAGGCAAGGCGAUGUCUUGACGAGGCCCAGAGGAUGUACUCGACUUUGCCUCAUAAGGAGGGGAUCACCAAGUUUGAGGCAGCAGGUGACUUCAUGGCAUCACUGCAGCACAGUCUUGCAAAGUCGCCAGACCCGUCGGAUGACGACGGCGAGGGGGAUGACGAUGACGAUAUUGAUGAGGAGAGUGAGGCCCUCAAUGAUAUGAAGCUGAGGAGGCCAAGUACAGCAGCGGUGGACAUGUAUCGGGAUACAACGAAGGAGGAAGGUAGUAGUAUGGAUGAUGGCACAUAGAUAAUAUAACGACCAACGACUCAGAUGCUUC